GGUACCACUCUUCCAGCCUUGGCACCAAAGUGGCGCACCACGACAUGCACAGCUGAACGAGGAGUGCGCCUUUGAAGAUGUUUGAUUGCCAAGCUACAAUUUCUGACUGAGUGACAAGCCUGUGGUGUAGUCGCCACCAUGAUAGCCACGGGUGGCCUGCUGCGCAUGAACAGGCGCCAGGAUUCGCUCCGAUCGAAAAACCGAGCGGAGAACAAACGGAAGAGGAAAUCCAAGAAAAAGAAGAAAAACGAUGUGGUGGUGGUGAAGGGCAAACUCAAUCUCUGCUCCCCUGCUGGUUUGGUGGCCGCUGUUGGAAUUAUAGUUCUUAUGGUUGGGAUUUCCAUGGCUGUACUGGGCUACUGGCCCAGCCAGAACCAGCAGGAAUACCAGGAGCGCCGCAGAACCGGGGGAUUUCACACCAGCAGGAUGAGCUAUUCCAAAAGUCCUCAGAUUACCUCCAACCUGACCCGUGGUGAGCCUUCCUCUGGCCAAUCAAAUCUGUUCAACCAGAGUCAUUCUAACACCAGUGUUUCCAGCCCGUCCCGUCACUGUGGCUUUUUCUGUGACUUCCUGGAUAACUAUUUGUAUUCAGACAACCUGAAAGUCUUCGGACCACUUGUGAUGGGAAUUGGUAUCUUUCUCUUCAUUUGUGCUAACGCCGUCCUCCAUGAAAACCGAGACAAGAAAACUAAAAUCAUAAACCUGAGGGAUAUCUACUCCACAGUGAUAGAUCUGCACAGCAUACGAUCAAAGGAGUACUCACCUCUGAACGGCAUGGUGAAUUACACCCAGUCAAAGAGUGCAGAAGGGCCGUCGGGUACAUUCCCAACAAGUGGGAUGCUUACUCGCAGUUCCUGGCCCUCCACUGGAAUCACUUUCAAAGGUGAGGUAGAUGGCGAGGAGGUAUUCAGACGCUCCUCAUUGGUCAGCAGGCCUCGUAGCUUGUCCAAAGAUGUGCAGAGCUUCACAGAGACUGUCUAUAGCAUCUAUAAAGACUACAGCAAUAGCAGUGAGCAGGCACCUCAGCCCCGACAAUGGGAGACCACCUCCAUCGUCACCUCUUCUGUGAACGCUUUUACCCUGCCAGUAAUCAAACUGAACAACUGUGAGGUGGGGGAGAAAGCAGAGGCAGAGGGAUGCUCAAAGGAGGAGGUUGUUAUAGAAGCUGCUGCUGAAAACAUAAGUGAGGAGGGACAGGCCAGCAGCAGCAGCCAGAGAGACGUGAUGUACGGUAAGCAGAAGGAGGCUUCGAUCAUGGACUCUCCUCCUCCUCACCGGAGCCACGAGGACACCGACACAGGUAUCCAAGAGGGGGUGCCGCAGGCUCAGCGUCAACCGCAGAGGCCUCAGCUGUUUCCGCCAUCUCCUGUUGCCAGGGCAAUGGGUUCACGGCUGUCGCUCAACUCUCUCACGGAUCAGCCCAGGCCAGCACGCCGCUGCAGCUUGUCUGUGUCUGGGUGCCGUCAAGGUGACAGAGCCAGGCGGUUCAGCUACCCCCGUCUGGAGCACUCCAACAGCAAGGGCUACAUAAAACUGAAUGACCUGGGGGGUGAAUCCUUCGAAGCCCCCGACGCAGACACUUCUUUGGUGGCCCCUAAACAGGAAGUAGCAAUGGACGCAGCAGCGGCGGAGGAAGAAGCUCAGGGACAGGACAAUUUGGCGACACCGAGCACCUCUGGAGAAUCCUAGGCCUCUUAAAACUCUUUGAUGUCUUGUUAUUUGCUUCGCACCCUCUUAUGUGAUUGCUAAUGGGUGAAGCUGGCCAUUAGAGAGGAAAGGAAACACGGAGAGUAAGCAACUAAGGACUAUUGAAACAUAGCCAUGAAUACUCAAGAGCAAGACUCUUUAUAAAUACACCAGACCAACAGUUCAAAAUUCAGAUGUAAUUUUUCUAUUUUUUCAAUGUAGCAAGAGCAAUACUAAAGACUUGUAAGGAGAUUUAGAAAUGGUUUGUAAAAAAAAAAAGAAAAGAAAAGAAAAUUUGAUCAGAUGAGGGUUUUUUUUUCUUUUGUAUAAGAGUAAGGCAAACAUUGUAGCUUGUAGAAUUGCCAAAACUUUCACUCUGAACUACUGUCCAACAUGUCGUACUGUAGCAUUAACAUAUGCCACAGAUAUUUAAAUAGUCUAGAUUUGCUUCUCUGCAUUGUUAUGUGAAUACCAUGUGAAUAGGUGAACUGAACUGAAUCUCAGGUAGAUGUCUGGCUUAGGAUCGGGACCUUGAGGACAAGGUCUUCCCUAUGUGCACACACUUGUUUAUAUGAAACAUUCAUGGUUUAAUAAAUUUGACUGUAACACCUCCA